GCCGGAGCGGAAGGCUCGGCCAUUUCCUGCCCUGCCCGGCGCCAUCUUGUGCGGAGCCAGCGACGUGCGGAGGCGCAGAGACAGCGAGAGAGCCGCGUCCUCGUCCUCUCCACUGGCACCCCACAGGCUCCUCAUUCCCGCAGCGCGCUCCGUCACGCCGCGCUACGACACUCUGCUGCACAGGCCUUUCUCCCAGCGAUGUCAACCAUGAACCCCGAAUAUGACUACCUGUUCAAACUCCUCCUCAUCGGCGACUCCGGCGUUGGCAAGUCGUGUCUGCUCCUGCGGUUCGCGGAUGACACCUACACAGAAAGUUACAUCAGCACAAUCGGUGUGGACUUCAAGAUCAGAACAAUAGAGCUGGAUGGAAAGACCAUAAAGCUCCAGAUAUGGGACACGGCAGGACAAGAACGUUUCCGCACGAUCACCUCCAGCUAUUAUCGGGGCGCCCACGGCAUCAUUGUGGUGUACGACGUCACGGAUCAGGAGUCCUUCAACAAUGUGAAGCAGUGGCUGCAGGAGAUUGAUCGCUACGCCAGCGAGAACGUCAACAAGUUGCUUGUUGGCAACAAAUGCGACCUCACCACCAAGAAAGUGGUGGACUAUACGACUGCCAAGGAGUUUGCGGAUUCGCUGGAGAUUCCUUUCCUGGAGACGAGUGCCAAGAAUGCCACCAACGUGGAGCAGGCGUUCAUGACCAUGGCAGCAGAGAUCAAGAAGCGCAUGGGGCCCGGGGCCACACAGGCCGGCGCUGGAAAGUCCAACGUCAAAAUCGAGAGCACUCCCGUCAAGACAGGAGGUGGGGGCUGCUGCUAGAGGUGGUGUGAGACUCCCCCCCUCAAACCCCUCCUUCUCUCUCCACUCCCGGCCCUGACCCAACAAGAUGACCACAUGGCCCGGCACGUGCCUCCCCAUGGAGAGUGGCAAGUGGUGGACGGGCUCUUGGGGAGGGCGUUGGACGGGUCGCUCCGCGGACACUCACGUCUCCACCUCGUCCCGGAUGGUUUGUAGUGUCGAUUAUGGCUUGAUUUGGAUUAACUUCAUUUUCUGGCUUUCUCUUCUCUUAAAAGUCAGCUUUUAUGAGGUUGCACUUGCUCUCUGUCCUCCCACCCGAGCCUCUAAACUGCGAUCGUGGCCACACACUAGUUUCAAAUCGGCUGCCCUUUGGUGCCAGAUGUUACUGUCAUGCAGAUUUGUCUCCUCGCACUGCCUGAAAAUGAAGUUAACCUGAAGGCUGUUGAUUGAAUUUUUUUGUCUUGUGUAUUUAAUGAAUAAAUUAGACCAAAACAUGUUAGAUCUGGUUGUGAUUUUUCAGUACGGUCGCUGAUUUUAUUCAAGGUAACAAUGUCCCUAGGAAUGUUUUGCUUUGCGGGAAAGAAUAAAAAAGUUAAUAAAUCUAAAGGCUCUAAUUUGUUAGCGGUUGUAAACCAGUAAUUGAAUACUAGUGUAUUGCACACAAUGUAUUCUGUAUUUGAUUAGUUUAGAGCGCUGUAAAGAACAUUUCCCCUUGUAUAACAUAGAUUACCCCCAGAAGAAGUUAAACCAUGGCUUGUCUGCUGUUGGAGACACUCACCUGUCUUGUCUGUAACCCUGCUGGCUUGCCUCGUUUUGUCUGGGCUCGCCAAUGACUGGAAGUGGUGUUUUCGUUUGUUUAUCAAGUGUAAAUAAAACUGCCUGCUGCGGCCAAGCCACGCUUAUGAGUGCCCCCACAACGCAGUGUGUGCCCCUCCUCCCCAACCUUCCCGAGCCCAAACACGUGUCUCAUGGGAGAAUCGAGUCUACACCGCUGCAGUCACACAUCUAGACAGGCUACGCAACCCGACUGCUGGUGCAGCUGUUUGGAGGUGGUGGGUGGUAGUGGUGGUGAUUAACUGGGAAUGAACGUGUGUGACGGACAAACUAUGCCAGCCGUGCACCCAUUCUCACUGCACCAUUCUGGCCUUUAAAUGCAUAUUGCGCAAGGUUUCAUGCUGUUGUUGCUCUUUCUCGCUCAUUCUUGUGCAAAUCAUUUCAGAAACAAAUAAAGUGUAUACUGUUCAGUUGCUCCUGUUAA